CUGUAAUGAUGGCAGCAGAAAUUGUUUGCCUUCUCAACACUGUACUAUUUUCUCUAUAGCUACCAGUAGUUUACUUAGAAGGUGUUCGUAAUUCACGUAUAUAGAACCACUUUUUUUACCUGCCCGUGAACUUCUAUAUACAAUAUGUGUUUUUUGGAUACUUCAGAAACCAAUGGUGGAAGAUUAGCUACACGUAAUUUUCAUGAUUGGAUAUUGCCAAGAAAUGUAGUAUUUGGAUUAUGUUUAGUGGGAAUCGUAUUUCUAUUUAUUGGAAUCAUAUUAUUGGCGAUUGGUGCUGCUAGUAGUGGUGCAGUUGCGGCUGGUGCUGUUUUUAUGGGCCUAGGUGGAUGUUGUUUAUUAAUAUUUCUGUUCUUAUGUCUACAUGCAUAUUGUAUAUGGUAUGUUCGGGAUCAAGAAACGCAGACAACUGAAACAAUCCCGCCAUCAGAAACUAUUGAAAUAGAGCCCCAUGGAUUUAUUACCCCAGAGAAACCAUCUUCUUUAAGACGCAAUGGAAAACCUGGCUAUAAGAAGGUUACAAUGUCGCCAGAUAUACAGGUUGCAGAUAAAGAGUUUUUUGUUCAAGAUCAACCACAGAGAGCAGUUAUACAAGAUAUCCCCGCUUUUCCAGCGUCUCCGCAUAUCAUAACCUACAUCCCAACUGGUCAAAGAACAAGUACACCCGAGAAGCAACAAAAUAUAUACAAUGUACGCAGUCCGCAGCCAUCUCAACAACCACACCAGCAACUUCACCAGCAACCACAACCGGCGACCAUUACUCCCGGUGCCUAUAUCACACAGGCUGAUAAAGUUGACUCGCUGCGACAACAAUACCGAUCAGAAGCUUCGUAUCCAGUGAAAUCACCAUACUCGUCGUUGCCAUCAAACAGUGCUAACCAAAGUCAAAUGUUCUCACAUUAUUCUAAUCCUAAUCCCUACGACUCGUCUCCCAAGUUCCCAGUUGAAGCUAGGUACUAUUCGGCAACGUUGCCAAACAAGACCGUUUCAAAUCUUCCGGGUAUUCAAUCACAUCAACGUACGUCCGAUGCUUCUUCUUACUCAUACUCCUCAAGUGGUCACACAACUCAAAACCAAAUGGGUACAGGUUCUUACGGACAAUCUACUCAAUUAAGAGGCCCAAUAAUGGACUUAUCACAAACUAGAUUAUUGGGAAAUGAGGAUUAUGACAAUACUGUUUCUUCGACAUCAAUACUCAGCAACUCAGGUGAUCAGAAAACAUGGCGUCAACUUCCGGUGCACCACAUGGAGUCAGACGAACUACCCGAACCUACCCCAUUACAAUACCCUUCUGCAAAACGUCCAAUGACCUUCGAACAACAGUCGUCAUCUAAAAUGAGCAUUUAUGAGAAUAUGUUGGUUGAGUAA